AUGUUGUAUGUAUUCCACGUUGAUGCCGGUCAAAUGACCACCUAUGACAUGGAGCUCACUUUACAAAGUGUUGCAAGCUUAAAAGCGGCUAUAGAGAGAAAGACGAAAAUACCGUCAUCCUCUCUAGUGCUUCUCAUAAGUGGAGGAGAGGUACUGCAGUCAGAUCACAUGGUAUCCUCAUAUAGUGCAGGGACAGAUUCUAACCCUAUAUAUAUGUUUAGUAAACCAUCUGUUAAGGAAAGCCAUUUGAAACAGUCCAUGUGUGAUUUGAGUCCGAUAGUUGAGCUCAGUACCGGCGAAUUUCGUAGUGAUAUUCGGAGUGCCUUCGAUGGCAAAUCAGUGGCAGAAUUAAAGAAUGCCGUAGAAUUAUGUUGUUCACUCCCACCCAAUAUACACACUGUGAUAUCUUAUGCGACAUUGGCCCAGCAGUUUGGUGAUUUAGCUCAUGAAGUUUCAAGGAGUUGUGAUCAGUUGGUCCAUGAACAGCAUUUACAGCAUCAGGGUUGGUCAGCUGUUAUUGCUAAUUUAGAGGACAUAUUCAAUGAAUUCUGUGAGAGGUCGAGAAGUUUCAAAGAGUCAUUCAGGAAACAUAGGCUAAAAAAGGAAGAGUAUCAUGAGAAAUUAAACACAUUGAAUGAAGUAUUGGAGUCAUUAGGAAAAAUACCAAUUUUGCCUGCUCUUCAAUUAAACGCAGAGGCUCAUAGGUUUUCCGCUUUUGAUGUAUUUGAAGAAACUGACUUUGAAGGUCAUCAUUAUGGAGCCAAGGAGACUUUGGAUAGCAGCUCGGAGAGAACUGCAGAUUUUGGAGUGGGAGUUUUUAAGUUAUCUGAGGAAGAUGUAUUUGAGCAACCAUCAACAAGUAAUGAGGGGGCCUCAGAUGAGGCCCCUGAUAAAAUGACAGAGGGGGCCUCUUCCUCUGCUCAGUCAGAGGGCGCCACAUUCAAGGCCAAUGAAGAACAUACAUUGUUACACUGGAUCCUGGCUCAAGGGAACCAGGCGUCACUUCAGGACAUAUUGGAUUACUGUCAGAAGGGACUCGCACUGAUCGAUGCAGAGCCUUUGAAGGAGAGGGAGGCAGAGUUAUACAAUAUCUUGGAGUACGCUAAUGUUCACGGCUUGAAACAAAUCAAAGGCAUCGAGGAUAGAUUGUACGCGCUGGAACAAUUGCUGAGUGAUGUCAAGAAGAAGGAGAACGAACAGCACGUGGUCGCCGCUUCGCUUAUACAGCACCGGGAACGUUUAAAUUCCGGUUGUGACCCGUCCGUGUUGCCGACCUUGUUGGAGUCAAACCAAUGUCAGUUGGGGAGACUGUUGAAGGGUCACGAACUGCUGGUCGACAUUAGACGGAGGAUCAUGAAGUCCAAGGACGAACUGUCCAGGAUACUGAAGGCGAGAUUAGAAGCCGUGUUGGUGAUAGAGAACUCGAUGUCGGUCCAAGACGCGCACGCGAUGUUAUCGUUCCAGUGUUUCAAUCGCCUCGCUCGUUACUUCGGUAUAGUUGCUCAGCUGCAUCGAGCUCCGGCCGUGUUCGUGAGGGCGGUCCACGAGGUCGCCAGGAGGAGGACCUUCUCACAACACCAUCUACAGUGGGCUACGGACCUAGCAAGUAAGCUGAUAAAGAUUCACGAAGAAGAGAUCAGCAGGCGUCAGGAGUUCAACUCCCACUUCGAAGAUCACUUCCUCAAGAGCUUGUUCCCCGGCAUGACAGAUCUGCCUCCGCCCUUCGCUACACAGGCGCCAUCUAUAUACGACUCACGUCUGCCAGAACUCACCGAUACAGACGUAGAGUAUAUAUCAGAAGCUCUACCCGACUGGACUAGUGAUGUACCCAAAUAUGACAUGGAAUCUACCGUUAAAUUCUUCCAGCAAAGGCUCAAUACAUCCGACCAUGAAGAUAAAGACGCCGAUGUUCAGGUUGAUUUUGAUAAAGAUUUUGAAUCAGAAACCGACACGGAUUUUGAGAAGCUGAGUCGUCAGAGCGAAAAGCGGAAGAAUGAUAUAUCAACGAGCUGCGUUCCUCACACGAUGGCCGUCUCUACAGUGACAGAGGUUGGAACUCUACCAGUUAUACAAGAAAGCCCUAGAGUGGAGUUCCUUAACUCUGAAUUUUAUAUAGAAGAGUCUCUACCGUCCAGUUUGGAAUGGGGCCGGGAUGAACGACAGGACAAUAUGGAUACCCACAAAAUCAACAUGGAGAAAUUGCAAGAUCUGUUCGUGAAGUUGUUUAAUGUGUGUAAAAUAAAUAUCGUGUUGAUAAAAGACGAGCUUACUAAGUUAAAGAGCGAAGUGGACGGGCAAAAGAAAUUCAUAAACACGAAAUAUAUAGAGAUUACCGAGGCCUGGGAAAAGGUAAAUGAACAUGCUGAAACAAGGUUCCGCGAACAAACCCAGAGGCUAACGGUAGAUCAUGAAUUAGAAUUGAGUGAUAUGAAGGCGGCGCUCAAUGAAAAGGAUGACGUCAUCAGCAACCUGAAGAGAGAGACGGAAGAUAUGAAAAUAGAACACCAGAAAGAGAUGGAGAGAUUAGACAAAGAGCAUAAGAGUACUAAGGAUUUGUUAGAUGAAACUCGGAAAGAGAUAAAAGCUUUUGAGAAGAAAUUAGAGGAAGCUGAGGUUCAGAAACAAAAAGAUAUUAAGGAGAUGCAGGAGAAGAUGCACCUUGAAUAUAAAGCGGAGAUAGAAUCGCUACGGUCGAGGUUCCGUCUCGUGGCUCUAACGAACAACAUGGACAGGUCGCCGUCUGAGUCCAGUCUGGAGAAAAUUGAGAGAACAGAUGUCAUAGAAAUAGUCAGCCACAACGCUAUACUGAUGCAGACCAAACAGAACGCUGAGGUGGAGAAGGAAGAAGCGGUCAAGGAGGCCGUGGAGAAAUGUAAGGCGGAGUGGGAACAGAAGCUUAACGCUGAGAUAUGUCUGCUUAAAGCCAAGUAUGAAGCUGAGAAACAGGUGACAAUAAACGACGUGACCCGUCGUCUUCUGUCAGAGAAGGAUCGUCAGCUGGAACUGCUGCGUGAACGCGAGCAGACCCUCGUCCGUGAGUGCUGCAAGUACAGGGACACUAUUCAACAACUCACUGACCCAGAGACCAACGACUAUGACAGUCUCUUGAAGACUCAGUUUGCAACAUUCGAAAACGAAAAGGCUGUGUUAUUGCAACAAGUUGCAAACUUGAAGGCGGAGUUAGAUAAGAAAACUGAGGAGGACAAGAAGAGGGAGGAGGAUAGUGACGGGAGGUCGUCUCCUCGUCGUGAUAUCCGUCGUCGCAGUCACACACCCCUGGGUCUGUCUCCGGGCGCGCUGACCCUCGCGCUGGGUCAGUACCCGCAAGGUCACACCGUGCUGGUCAUGUGGGACCCUGCGCAUCUCAACUAUACCGUACUACAGGAGGCGUCCAUAAUGCACUUCGUCCACAGUGACUGUCUACCGUCGUUAGACCUCAGUAUACACGUCAAGAACGAGAGUGAGAGACGUCUAUACGCUGUGGCCACCGUGGAGUCUAAAGAAUACUGCUAUGCUAAAAGGGGUGUGAAUAGAUAUCACAUGCCGCGUGGAUCUCGUUUCUACAGAGUCCACGUGAAGCCUCUCAAGCCGCCGCUACCUCCGCCAGCCUGCUGUGAUCACAAACACAAGCCUGAUGCAAUGAAUGCCAGUUUGCUGCCGGUGUUCAAUCGCCCUCUCAGGAAAUGGUUGACCAACGUGCAUGCAGAUAUGCAGAAGUCCAUCGAUACAAGUCAGUCGUCUAGUUCUAAUGCGGAUAAGUCCAGUGUGGAGGUUGCCACUGCUACGCUCAUUAAUUUGGAGUCUCCUGUCUCUGCUGGAGAGCCUCCCGUGCCCAUGAUAGCGCCCGAAGACCAACUCGACUCCAUAGAGACGGAACACAAACAUAAGAUGCAACUGUCUACAACUAGUGCGGUUUCCGAGAUGGACCUCAGCGUGGGUCGUGUGGCGGGGGCGGAUGCUCCAGGCGCGGAGCCCGUGGAGCUGACUGUGAGCGCCGUGUCGGUGGUGGCGAGGGGGUCCGCGCCGCCCGGCUCGGAACUGGCCGAGGAGGCCGCGCCCUGA